AGUUUGUACAAUGCAGCCAUAUAUAGCCACUGAUUUCUCCACUUGCUCCCUCCAACUCAGGGCGCCACUUUGUUUUUCAUGUAGUUGUCGACAGUGAGAGGUCUCAUUUGGCGUCAGAUUUUCUAACUUCUAACCAGUGGAAACUCCACGAGUUAACACUAUUUUUGGGGUCAAUUCUCCUGAAAAAAAAGAUGCUCAAGAUGAAGCAUUCCCAUAUUUCACUGCUAGCAUUCUGUGUACUUUUGCUAGUUAUAUUUCUUAGCGCCCAAGCCAGGCAUCAUUGCCACUCCAAACAUUGGCAUUCGCAUUCUCAUAAAUCAUCUGAAAUUUCUGUGCCUCCAGCUUCAGCACCCUCCCCUUCUACCCCUCCUUAUGACGCUCCUAGCCCUCCAUUUAAUGCCUCUGGUCUUUUUGAUGUGCGCACAUUUGGGGCCGUGGGAGAUGGGAUAUCAGAUGAUACAAAAGCAUUCAAGAUGGCAUGGGACACAGCCUGCCAAAGUCAUCUAGCAGUAAAUGUCAUCCUCGUUCCCAGUGGCUUCUCCUUCAUGAUUCAAUCUACUAUAUUCACAGGCCCUUGUCAAGGUGGCAUCGUACUCAAGGUUGAUGGCUCCGUUAUGCCACCCGAUGGACCAGAGUCAUGGCCAAAGAACAACAGUAAACGCCAAUGGUUGGUAUUUUACAGAAUCGACGGCAUGUCCCUGGAAGGAGUCGGUGUAAUUGAUGGCAGAGGACAAAAAUGGUGGGACCUUCCCUGUAAGCCUCACAAGGGACCUCAUGGGUCUACAUUGCCCGGACCUUGUGAUAGCCCAAUUGCAAUAAGGUUUUUCAUGAGCUCCAACUUAACCGUGCAAGGACUCAGGAUCAAGGAUAGCCCCCAGUUCCACUUCAGGUUUGAUGGCUGCAAACACGUCCACGUGGAAUCAAUCUAUAUCACAGCUCCAGCACUAAGUCCCAACACCGACGGGAUUCACAUAGAGAAUACCAACGACGUCAGAAUAUAUAACUCUGUUAUUUCGAAUGGUGAUGACUGUGUGUCCAUAGGGUCCGGUAGCUACGAUGUUGAUAUAAAGAACAUCACAUGCGGACCUGGUCAUGGUAUUAGCAUUGGUAGUCUGGGGAAUCACAACUCCAAAGCCUGUGUUCAAAACAUAACAGUAAGAGACUCGGUGAUAAAAGUGACAGCUAAUGGGGUCAGAAUAAAGACAUGGCAAGGCGGAUCAGGAUCAGUAUCAGGAGUGACCUUCAGUAAUAUUCACAUGGACAGAGUGAGAAACCCCAUCAUAAUAGACCAAUUCUACUGCCUCACUAAGGAAUGCGCCAACCAAACCUCAGCAGUGUUUGUAUCAAACAUAGUUUACACAAACAUAAAAGGAACCUAUGACACAAGGAGCCCACCUAUGCACUUUGCUUGCAGUGAUUCUGUCCCAUGUACCAACUUAACGCUCUCAGAUGUUGAGCUUCUUCCUGCUCAGGGAGAUAUGGUUCUGGAUCCUUACUGCUGGAAUGCUUACGGAAAUCUGCAGACACUAACCAUUCCACCAAUGUCUUGCUUGCUGGAGGGAAUUCCCCAGUCCGUGCAAGGUAAUGAGAUAGGUCAUUGCUAAGGCCAGUAGUGCAGCUAGCCCGAUCCCGCAAAGAAAGUGUGUGAUGUUUGAUGUUGUAUAUAAUAAAUUACUAGGGAAUUAAUCAGGGAUUGGUGUAGCAUGAUCGUGAAGCUUGUGUUGUGAUUGUUAGGAGGAGUUGUGUUUUAGAUGCUCCUCCCUAAUUGUGAACUGUGAACUGUGUUUCUCAUCACCAUUAUCCAGGUUGAAAUGGAACUUAUAAUUUGGGUUUGUUCAUAUCUGAUCCAUGAAACUGAAU